CCACCAGAACUGAUGUGAGCGCGAGUUUGCGAGCACAUGCAACAUUUGGAGAGGAGCCAAAUCUGAACUGAACUACUGUCUGUACACUACCAACAACAGGAGCCCGAGAGGACCAUUUUAAUUGAAGCCAGCUUCAAAUAUCAACUCAGCCAAGUUUUUUAACAAACCUCUGAAGCAAGCAGCCGACUGAGGAUCUGAAAGAGCCGCAAGGAUGCACUUGUUGUCCGCCAGCUGUGUGUGUGCCCUCGUCAUCUCCGUGCUUCUCCGGCAAGUCAGCGGUUUGGUGACGGUUAUUGGCCUGUAUGGGGAAACACUGGAAAUCCCGUGCAACAAUGGAGCAGUGAAUACAGAGGACACCCUGAUCACUAAAUGGAAAUAUGACAAAGGUGAGGGUCUUCCAGGAGACCUGCUGGUCAAGGGGAGAGACCAGAAUGUCUCCAUCAUGACCACUGAUGAAUACAAGGGCCGUGUUAGCAUGGCUGCAAAAUCCAGCCUGCUUCUGUCUGCCGCCAAGCUGAGUGACCAACGCACUUUCACCUGCAUGGUGGUCUCUGAUAUCACAGACAUCACAGAAUAUCCAGUUAAUGUGGUGAUUCAGAAGACGCCGGAAGGCCUGGAGAUCUCUGACAAAGCGGAGAAACUAGAAAUUGGCAAACUUACAAAGCUCGCAAAGUGUGUUGCCAAGGACUCCAAUCCAGCGGCAGAAAUCACAUGGCUGAAAAACAACACAACUCUGAAAGCUGAUGGAAAAGGGAUUUCCAUCCAGGCCUCGCUGCUGGUGAACGAUGUGACUGGCCUUUCGACCACCUCCUCCGUACUUGAGUACUCUGCGCAAAAGGAAGACACGGACGCCGUGUUCACCUGCAGUACUAAGAACACUCUGGCCGCAGGGAUCGUGUCCUCUCCAGUAACCUUCAGUAUCACCUACUCCACAGAGAACCUCAUCCUUCAGGUCACUGCUCAGGACUCUCUGGUGGAAGGAGACAGUAUGACCCUGAAGUGUGUUGCUGAUGGAAACCCAGCUCCAACCGCCUUUAACUUCCACCUUAAGGGAGAGAUGGUGAAAGUGGAAAACGAUGAUACUUACACCAUCACUAAUGUCUCUCGCAACACCACUGGUGAAUACAAAUGCUCUCUCGUUGAUGACCCAGCAAUGGAAGCAUCCAAGGCCAUCACAGUGAACUACCUAGACAUCAAUUUAAUCCCCUCUGGAAAUAUCGUCAAGAGUGCCGGUGAAGCAUUGCAUCCAAAUCUCAAGAUUGAUUCCUCCGGAGACACAAAGGUCUCCUGGACAAAGGACAAUGUUAAAUUGGACAAAGAGCCCAAGUUUGCCAAGCUGACUUUUGCUGAUUCUGGCCUCUAUGAGUGUGAGGUGACGCUUGGGCUCCUCAACCAAAAAGCCUCUCUUGAGCUGACUGUUGAAGGUAUUCCGGUGAUCACAGAGCUGACCAAAAAGCGUGGCGAAGAUGGCACACAUGAAGAACUGAUUUGUAAGGCUGAAGGUUCUCCAAAGCCAGCUGUUUCCUGGAGCAUCAACGGCACCCUGAUUGAUGAGAGUCCCUUUGUCAAUGGAAAGAUAACACAAAAGAUCAGAGUGGUGCCUAUUGAGAAUCUGACUGUCUCUUGUACGGUGUCCAAUGAACUUGGCGUGGCUACCAAAACUAUAAAUGUGUCAUCCAUAAUUGAGGAGGUGAGAAUGGAUAAAAAAGCUCCAACAGAUGAGAAUGACCAAACCAAGUUGGUGGUUGGAGUUGUUGUCGCCCUCAUCGUCGCCACUCUAGUUUUAGGCCUGGCCUACUUGGUCUACGUGAAGAAAUUCAAGCAAGGAAGCUGGAAGACUGGGGAAAAGGAGAACGGCUCUUCUGAGGAGGAGAAAAAACUGGAGGAGAAAGUGGAGGAGAACAGCCAAAAAGCUGAGGUGUAAAAGAAACGGCAACAUCCUGUGGGAAUGUGAAAGUGAGAACAUGGAACUUUUGCACAUUCCUCAUCACCUCCUUAUUUGAGGGGG